AUGUGGCUUCUUGAUGAAGCCAAGCGUCUUCUUCCUCGAGCUGUUGCUCAGAAAUUCUGGCAAGAAGAGCUUGCCCUUGUGGGUAAGAUGCUUAGCUUGGAUAGCAGAAACUUCCACGGCUGGGGUUACAGACGUUUUGUCGUAGAGUCCCUGGAGAAUCUUGCGCCAGAAGACCAGGAAGUGCAAAGCAUGGCACAGGGGGAAUUUGAGUACGCGAAGAAGAUGAUAGGCACGAAUUUGUCCAAUUUCUCUGCCUGGCACUAUCGCACGAAGCUCAUCCAGCGGCUGCUGAGCGAGCAGUUUGCCAGUGACGAGACACGCAAGAAGAUGCUCGAUGAUGGUCAGUGUCCUAUUCGAUCUGAAUAUGUGUCUGCCAUUGCAACGUUGUUGACAGGGAUAGCAGAACUGGAUCUCAUCCACCGUGCUCUAUGUGACCCUUACGAUCAGUCACUGUGGUUCUAUCACCAGAAUCUGAUGUGUACUUUUGAUCCUUCGCUAUCAGAUCAGACAAUGGCGCCAAAUCUCAGUGAUAUUGAACGGUCAGAAUAUUUGCGCAGGGAAACCGACGAGAUUCAAGACAUGCUUGAUGGGGCAGAGGAUUGCAAAUACAUAUACCAGGCGCUGAUCGACUGUACUCUUUUGGCAAGCAAAGUUGAAGGGACUAUGUCCAAUACCGACAAGGAGAACAUUUUAAGCUGGCUUUCCGAACUAAAGAAGUUGGAUCCGCUACGAUGUGGACGAUGGCUAGAUUUCGAGAAGUCGCUCUGUGCUGAUGUAUGA